AGAGCGCGACCUCCAACCAUAGAGCGCGAACUGGAGGAACGGGAAAGGCUUCUAUGGCAGCUGUCUUGCGUGACUCGAGACGCAGCUCCGCCUCUUCCUGUAGAUAUCGUGCUAGAUAGGCCCGGCGAAACGUGGAGAUGGAAAGCGCCGGUGAAGUGGGGCUGCCGCUGCCUCAGCCAGAAGGCUUCACGAAGGUCCUUAAGCGGAAGAGGCGUCGGGAGCCCCAGAUGGACACGAACGAGAGCCCGGUGCCUAGGAAGCGGCCGGAUUUCCCUCCUCUUAGCGGGGAAGCCCUCGCCUGUGGAAAAGAUGAAUUGAGAAAAAUUCCUGUACCAGCAAAUAGAUAUACUCCUUUGAAAGAGAACUGGAUGAAAAUUUUUACACCAAUUGUAGAACAUUUGCAGCUUCAAAUUAGAUUUAACUUAAAAACAAGGAAUGUAGAGAUAAAGACUUGUAAAGAAACAAAAGACAUAGGUGCUUUGACAAAAGCAGCUGAUUUUGUAAAAGCUUUUAUACUAGGAUUUCAGGUUGAGGAUGCACUUGCAUUAAUCAGAUUAGAUGAGCUUUUUCUAGAAUCAUUUGAAGUAACAGAUGUUAAACCUUUAAAAGGAGAUCAUCUUUCAAGAGCAAUAGGAAGAAUUGCUGGAAAAGGAGGAAAAACCAAAUUUACUAUUGAAAAUGUAACAAGGACACGAAUAGUUCUUGCAGAUUCGAAAGUUCAUAUUUUAGGAUCUUUCCAGAACAUUAAAAUGGCACGGACAGCCAUUUGCAAUCUCAUUCUAGGGAGUCCUCCAUCUAAAGUUUAUGGCAAUAUUAGAGCAAUAGCAAGCAGAGCAACAGAAAGAUUUUAAGACCAUGGCUUUUGAAGUCACACGCUUCUACACAAGAUACUGGAAAACACUUGAAGAAAGCAAUGUCAAAAUACAGAUUACAGAAAAAGUGCUUUUCUUUAAAACCCAAAACAAACACAUUGUGUUUCAGAAGCUCUGCUAAACCAUUUUAAGCAGGUGGCAUUUCAGCCAGACCAAAAUUUGGAAUAUUUUCUUUAUCCAGAGUUUGGGCUGAAACAAAAUUCAGAAGGAUUUAAGGGUGAGUUGGGCAAGGCUGAUAUGUCGUGCCUCUUUUUUUCCUCCAGGCUUGUGGCAGACUACCUAUUUUCCGAGUGUCCCUCUUGCCCUUCUCCCUGCUAGCUUCCAGUGGAAAUACCCACCUGAACAGCUCAUUCCUGAUCUUUGCACUUUGUUUCUAGUUGCCACCAGUAUCCAUGCCUCAAAACACUUCUUUUUGAAUUAAUUCAUGUCUAGGUCACUCAAAACUAGCAGUUCUAUGCAUGGAAUAUUUUUCACAUCCCUAGUAAACUUAGCAAUUUUCAGUUCCAACACAACUGGCAUUUAAUAGAACUGCUACAGCAACGUUCUCAAGCAAGUAUCUUAUCAUGAAGCAUUCUAAAAUGAAGUUAUGUCCAAUAAAAAUUGGUACUUGAAUUUCAUUCUA